AUGAUAACCAGACCUUUUAUCAUCGACUAUGGCACCGUCACGGUGAAAAUAGGCAGAGUUGGCGAAAAAAUCCCCCCUUAUAUCGCGCCGCCGUUUUUUGGUCGGCCUACCUUGAGGGUGGACCAGGGGGAAGUAUGCGACUUCGCAGGUGGGAGUUUGAACAACUGGCUUGAUUAUGCCAUAUACCCACUAAAUCCCAGAGACAAACAUGACAAUACGGUGCCAGUGCCCGCCGUCACAUAUGAAAAGGGCGAAUACAGGCUGAAGUACGCUGUGAUGGACAAACUGCUGGAGUGUGCCUCAGGCACAAAGGCCAUAGAUGAUAUCUUCGAGGGGGGCGCUGUGAUAGCGACAGAACCGAAUAGACAAAACCCCGAAUUUCGCAGGAUCAUGGGGGAAAUACUAAUAGAAGGCCAGCGGGUAGACAAGUUCUACAUGUGUAAGAGAGCGGCUCUGUCGUGCUACGCCACAGGGAAAGGCAGCGGUGUGAUAGUGGACGUUGGGGGCGCAUGCAGCAACGUCUCGGUGGUUUCAGACGGGUUCGUGCUGCAAGAGACCAUCCAGGAGCAGCCCAUGGGUGGAACGCUUCUCGAUCGCAUCAUGUUGGGGCAGCUCAAGAGAUCGGGCAUCACAAUACGCCCCCCCUUCGAAUACGUCAAGGCAAGCAAGGGGGACGACAACAUAGGCUCCAAAACUCAGAAAAAAAGUAACGAACCACGACCGCUUUCCUUGAGACAGCUACCAUUUGUGCGCGAGGAGUACUAUGACCAUGCGCGGCUUUACGCAACGUCGAGAGUCAAGGAAACCUGCUGCAUCGUCGGCGAUCAGCUGGAAGUAGACGCUGGGCCAAACGAUCCCUGCUACUCUCUGCCGGAUGGCAGCCAGAUCGACGCACAGAUGGGAAAGACCCUGGGAGGUAUCUUCUGCCGCUGCAUAUUCAACGAGCCGGAAUACCUGCACGAUGUCGACGAUUUCAAGGCAUUCGAACAGGAGAGGCUGCCUAAGCUGCCAGAGGACCCGGAACAGCCAACGCUGGGCCAAAUUUUGCGCAACCUGCGCGGCCUUGACGCGUUACUCGCGGAUUCAUAUAACAUCGCCGCCGAAAUGGAUCCAUCGGUAUGUCUGCCUGAAGCCCUACGUGCGGUUAUACUGUCGGGAGGGACCACACGUCACCCUGCAGUCCUUCCAAUAUUGCAAAAACGCUUCGCGAAAAGAUUGCCAGAUGUAACAGAGCCGUUGUAUAUGGCUGUGGGAGGAGACGAGCAGCAAUACAGCAGCUUCAUCGGGGCUUCAAUCCUGGGGUCGCUUGGGAUCUUCGAAUCCCUUUGCGUCUCCCGUGAGGACUGCCAUGAACACGGGCUCGAACGCAUACUACAGCGCAAGUGUCCGUGA